CGGCGCGGAAUUUAGUUUCGAUCACGACGCAGAUUCGAACGCCGAACUGCCGACCGGCGACGACCGGUUCAAUUAUGAAAGACGCGAACUCCGCUGGCGACGUUCGCGAACGGCCGGGAAAAGUUCAAAUCGACGACGAACCGUCUGAAAAAAAGGAAGAUCAGUUUCUGGUCAGUUAUCGGAAGCGAUACUUCGACAUACGUAACUUCCUGAGGUAUCAUCCCGGCGGGAAGAAAGUGCUUCGUUAUUUUAAACAUGGAAGCUUGGACAAAGCUUUCGACGAGAAUCCACACUCGAAGAGCGCUUUUCAUCUUUUGGAGGAUUUCACGUUGAACUCGCAAGAAAAGUAUCAAGAAUACGAAGAACUCAUUGAUUGGAAUGCGCCUAUACUACACCAAGUAGGCAAUUUAGGCGCCCAAUAUUGGGAAUGGAUGAACCUACCAGUAAAUCGACAAAUUCGACUAUUUCGAUCAAACUUUUUAGAGAUUAUAUCAAUUACUCCUUGGUAUUUUAUACCGAUCGUCUGGAUCCCGUUGUGUAUCUAUUUCCUUUAUUCCGGAUUUAUGGUCGUCGCCGGCAAAUAUACUGGAAGCAACUUACUCGAAGCUUCGAUCUCGUACAUAUUCGGUAUAUUAUUGUGGACUAUUUUAGAGUACGUACUUCAUCGCAAACUUUUUCACUUUAAGCCACCAGCUACCUCGAAAGUACUUAUUACUUUGCACUUCGUGCUUCAUGGAGUUCACCACAAGGCACCAUUCGACGAUAGGAGACUAGUGUUUCCACCUGGAGCCGGUUUAUUACUAGCAAAAUUAUUGUGGUCUAUUUAUAAAUUAUUGUUCUCUGAGACGACGGUUUAUUUUAUUGCCGCUGGUACUACAACAGGCUACGUCUGUUACGACUUAAUCCAUUAUUAUUUACACCAUGGUGCACCGAAAGUGGGAACCUAUCUAUAUACUAUGAAAAGAAAUCACAAUUAUCACCAUUUCUUGCAUCAUGAGUUAGGCUUUGGUAUUAGCAGUAAAUUAUGGGAUUACGCGUUCGGAACGAAUAUUUAUUUACGACAAUUAACAAAACCAAUAGAAUGGUGAAGCAAUCUAUUAAAAUUAUUUGUACACCGUUUGUGUAGUACUUUUUUGCAAUACG